GCUCUCGUGCAAUUAAAGUUUAUUGCAGAAAGAUUGUUCUGGUGGUGAAACGCGUGAUUGCUUCAUGGCAUUAUAUAAUUUAUCGUUAAACAUUAAGCAUCAAAAUAACUUGACAUUGUAAUUAAUUAGUUUUAAAACGUCGUAAGUCAAGUAUCUAUACUAUUCUAUACCCACUUAGCUGACUACAUAUAAAAAUCAAAAUAAAUAAAACUUGACCGAAACUUAACCUACCGGCACCGGUCCCGGUCACAUAUAAUGUAAACAAGGUUGAUAAAAGGUUAGGUACAAUACGAGUUAUAAUUAAAUUGCUAAAUUAAAGCAUUUUAAUCAUUAUUCCCGCUUUACAUUCGACGUCGUAACGCGAGUGCGAUACGACAUGUAUCAAGUUUUGUUGUUGAUAACCAUUUUGUCAGAGGCCCGGGCCUUCCUGCAUCACUAUCCGAAAUUAAAUCUCGGAGAGCGAGAUGGCGGGGACCCUGGUGAGCCUUUGUUCCUUACGCCAUAUGUGGAAAGCGGUAACAUCACUACAGGGAGGCGUCUAGCCAGAGUACCAUUUACUGAAAGCCUGCGCAUUAAAAGUUAUGCAGGCUACUUCACGGUAAAUAAGACUUACGACUCCAACCAGUUCUUCUGGUACUUUCCUGCUAUGGUUCCGAACAGCAAAAACGCACCGGUUAUCGUCUGGCUCCAAGGAGGCCCCGGCGCUACAUCUCUGUAUGGACUCUUCACAGAAAACGGUCCUUUAAGGGUUCGCAAUAAGAAGUUUGAGAGACGAAAGUAUAACUGGGCCCUCAGUCAUCAUAUUAUAUAUAUUGACAACCCUGUUGGCACUGGAUUCAGUUUCACUAAAGAUCCUAAAGGCUACUGUGUUGAUGAGACUCAAGUUGGCGAACAGUUAUACUCCACUCUGAUCCAGUUCUUCCAGUUGUUUCCAGAACUUCAAACCAAUAAAUUUUUUGUGACUGGAGAAUCAUAUGGAGGAAAGUAUGUACCAGCUCUGGCCUACACAAUUCACAAGAAAAAUCCUACAGCACAGAUUAAAAUUAAUAUGAAGGGUAUUGCAAUAGGAAAUGGUUUGAGUGACCCUGUACAUCAGCUCGUAUAUGGUAAAUAUCUGUAUCAAAUAGGAUUAAUUGACUGGAACCAGGCUAAAGUAUUUGAACAGUAUGAAAAUAAGACAAAAGAUUUCAUAAAUCAGGGAGAGUGGGAUAAAGCGUUUGAGACCUUUGACACCUUGUUGAAUGGUGACAUGUUGAAUGGAUCAAGUGUUUUUAAAAACAUGACUGGUUUUGAUUUUUACUUUAACUACCUCCACACUAAGGAUUAUACACAGUUUGAGGACUUUGGCCCAAUGCUUCAAAGAAGUGCAGUCCGCAAAGCCAUACACGUUGGAGACUUACUGUUUAAUAAUGGAACUGAAGUUGAGAAGCAUCUCAAGCAAGAUGUGAUGAAGUCAGUGGGACCUUGGAUAGCAGAACUAUUGGACAAUUAUUAUAUUGUUAUCUACAAUGGUCAGCUAGACAUUAUAGUAGCAUAUCCUUUGACUGUUAAUUAUUUAAGAAACCUCAAUUUUACUGGAUCUGAUGAGUAUAAGACUGCAAAACGGUACAUUUGGAAGGUGGAUGGAGAGGUUGCAGGUUAUGUGAAGCAAGCUGGAAAACUUGUUGAAAUAUUAGUAAGAAAUGCAGGUCAUAUGGUGCCUGGAGAUCAGCCAAAAUGGGCUUUAGACUUGAUUACUAGGUUCACCCAUGAGAAAACCUACUUUGAUAAAGCUGAAAUUGGUCAAACUUUGGAUUCUUUGUAACCAGUUUCUAGUUAUUUACAAUAAGAAAACUCGGUCCAUUGAAUGGUUUCUUUUAUUUUUUAUGUCAGCAUUUUAAGGAUUAUUGGCAUACUUGUGAUUGAACUGUAUUUAAAUAAAUUUUAAUGGUUUAUGUAAUUGAUAAUAACCCACGUUUUUCAUUCACAGUCAAUUAAAUUAAUUGCUACAGAGCAAAAGGUACCCUUUUAGCUUCUCUCAGAAAGAAUUCUCAUGGUUAGAAACUAUUGUUAAUAUAUUACUGGUGGUGAUUUCUGCCUCAAAGUAGUCCAUGCAUCCCAGUUUGAACGAUAGUGUUAGGGUAUUACCAUUGAGGUUUCGCCUCAAUAUAUAAAAGUUAAUACUAGUAGUCAUACAGUAAUCUUUAGGCUGUGGUGGAAAUCAUUGCAUAGCAGUUGUGCUACAUUGACUAGUACCUAUUUAUACUAUUGAAAAAUUCCAGUUAAUGA